CUGUGGGGUGCUGGGCUGUUCUGUGGGGUGAGGGGCUGUUCUGUGGGGUGCUGGGCUGUUCUGUGGGGUGAGGAGGGAGUGACACGAUGCCAUUUAAUCAGUUUCUGCUUUUGUGCAGUCAACUAUGGGAUAACUCUUCUGGCGGACACAGGCGAUAUUUGUUUGUGUGUAUAAAACCUGCAGCAAGUUUUUGUAUGUAUCAGGCCAGCCAGCUAGUGACAGCAAGCUAGGUAGUGUCAAAGACCAAUAAGGGAACAUAUUUUUGUGCUAGUGUUUCUCUAUAGGAAUGGACAAAAAGUUGUUUAAAUUCAUUAUUCCCCUCUCUCUCUCUCUCUCUCUCUCUCUCUCUCUCAUGCAGAUUUAAGGGUAGGAGGAGACCUUGAAGACCUUACCAGACACACAGCCCCCUCUGGUGCUGACACACACACACACACACACACACCCUUCACCAUGUCCUCUCCCUCCCUGCUCCUCCCCUUCCUGACCCCCUGCCCCUUGGCCAUGGAGUACCUGAAAGAUUUCGACCUGCUCAAAUUCGAGGUCAAACCAGACAUCGCCACUAACCCAGCCCCCAGCCCCCUCCCUAAACCCACUCCUCACCCCUCCUCCAGCCCUUGCUCCACCCACCUGCUCCAGGACUCCACCCACCCUUCCACUGACACUGCCCACCCCCACCAAGACUCCGCCUACCCUUGCCCUGACCCCGCCCACCCCUACCAGGACUCCGCCCACCAGCUCCAGACCUCCAGCCCCAACACUUCCCUGCCUCCCUCCCCAACACUAAGUGAAACCCAGCCCCAUCCCACUUCCUCCUCCUGCCUCUCCUCCUCCUCCUCCUCCUCCUCGUCUUCCUCUCUCACCUUGUCUCACUCCACCCCCAGCACCUUCCCUGGGGCGUGCAGCCCCGCCCCUGGCCCCGCCCCUAGCCCCGCCUCCCUGGAGGAGCUGAUUUGGCUGGCGGCGGUGCAGCAGCAGUUUGGGGGUGUGGAGAGCGGGGUUGGGGAGCGGGCGGACCGAGAGAGGGGGGCAGCGGCAGAGUUUCUGGGGUUCGAGGACCCUGUGGAGGCCCUGUUCAACUCUGCUGCUGCUGCAGUCAGCUCCCAGAGCUCCAGCUCCAGUCAGCAGGACUGUGACAGUGCCGGAGGAGGUGACUCCUGCUCAGAAGCUGCAGACCUGUAUGACCUCCAGCACGUGCUCCUCCUCCCCCCAAGCUCCGCCCCCUCACCUAACCCCCCAGGCUCUGCCCCCUGCCCACACCACCCAAACGCCCAGAGCCAGCUCCACCACCUCCAUCAUCAUCUGCAGCACCCCCAUCACCAUCUUCAUCAUCAUAAUCAUCAUCAUCAUGAUCAUCACCAGCAUCUUCAUCUGCAGUGCCGGCCCGAGGAGCGCCUGCGCCUGUCGGACGAGCAGCUGGUGGGCCUGUCGGACGAGCAGCCGGCGGGCCUGUCGGACGAGCAGCUGGCGGGCCUGUCGGACGAGCAGCCGGCGGGCCUGUCGGACGAGCAGCUGGCGGGCCUGUCGGCGCGGGAGCUGAACCGGCGCCUGCGGGGCGUGGCCCGGGAUGAGGCACGGCGGCUCAAGCAGAAGCGCCGCACGCUGAAGAACCGCGGCUACGCCCAGCGCUGCCGCCGCAGGCGCCUGCAGCACCGCCACGCCCUGGAGUCCGCCCGACACGCCCUCACCUGGCAGCUGGAGCAGCUGCAGCGGGAGCUCUCUCGGGUCCUGAGGGAACGGGACGCCUACAAAACUCGCUACGAGGAGCUCGUGAGCGCCACCGAGGCCCGGCCCGCCCGCUCGCUCUGCCCCCCUCCCUCCUCCGCCCCCGACUGCUUCCUGCGACGACAGGAAGUGGCAUGAGAACAAACAGAGGUGGGCGGGGCCGAGAGAGGCGACAUCGUCAUUAGCGCCGUUGACCACUGGACCAGGCGGAAGGCUGGAAAGCUGAAAUUAAAAGAAUACAUUUUUAUUUUUAUUUUUAUGAAAUCACUAACGAUUACGAGUGUUACAUCUGUGGCAUCAGGGCUCGCAAUCGGGGUUAAAUUUUCAGAGACGUCAGUUCGAAAUCACUGUGAAUUUUUUGUUGUUGUUGCAAAUAGUGAAGGUUUGAAUCUUGAAAGCUGUCAGAGUCCUGUCACUCUGCCACUGCUUCCUGUGUGACAUCACUGGCCCUCCUGUGACGUCAUCACCAGCCGUGGUUGUCGGAAACUGUGAAAACAGGAUGCAACGGGAAUGGCAGAUUGAGUCAGGCUUAACGAUAAUGAGAAACCAGGGUGAAAGCAUGAUAGCGGUGAUAAUUAAACAGGGGUGUAAUCAUUAGCCUGAAGGGGAAAUCAAGACAUCAUUAAAAGUGAUGGUAAGUGUGGGGUACGCUCUCAAAAGUAAGGGUUUCAAAAGGCUCCUCUGUGUCUCCAUAGAGGAACCCUGUCUAGUUCAAGGGUUCUUAGUCCAGCGAAACGGUUCGAUGUGGCAGCUUUCACACUUCUCACCUCCCAUGCAGGGUUCCGUGAAGAACUGAAAAGGGGUUCCCCCCAUAAGCCGAGGAACCCCUUCAGAACAGUUAUUUUCUUGUCCUCUAGCAGGGAGUCUAGCGGGGGAGGAGAGGGUGAUGGUGUUAAAGUACAGCACAGUCACCGCCGAAGCCCGGACGGACUUGAGAAAAAAAGUUCAGGGACGCAGAUGGCGCAGGCGUGCUGAAUCACGGCUCUCCGGACGCGAGAAUCCCACUGUCGCCCCUGAGCAGGGCAGGCGAGUGGAGGGGCGUAGCGGCAUCGCGUAGCGACAUCCAUGAUUUUAACAUGAAUGUUUAGCUUUUUUUUUUACGGGGAUCUACACAGAGUAAAGACACCACGCUGAAGGACGUGUUCAUCUGUAAUCGCAGCCACGAAUCACAGGGAACCUGUGGGUACCUGUUACGCUCUCUGAGAGAGACUAAGAGGGAGUGCCAAGGGGCUUUUCCACGAGGCCAGAGUCUGUAAAGAUGUUAUAAUGUUCAAAGAAUAUGACCUUCUGGACCACCUUAUGAGGCCAAAGGUGAGAGGUUCUCAGCAGCCACCCUCCCCACCUCACAAAAUAAAAGCUACGAAGGUGAACAAACAAUUAUUAGUUAGUCUCUGGUACAGGACAGGCAGACAAGCCCCGCCCCUCUGAACCAGUGGCCUGACUGUGGGAGGAGCCAAGAGUGAGGUCUGCAAAUGAGCUUGUAUGAAUAUGAAUAACACGUUUGGUGAGGUUGGAUUCUCAGCCUUGUGAUGGUGUGUGUGUGAAGAAUAUGCCGUGCUGCCCCCUAGUGGAAGGAGGACAAUCAGUCAG